GAUAACAUAGUGAAGUCACGUGAGGCCAAAGUCGGUGGCUGGUACACUCCUGCACUUAAAGUUUAAGUUCCGAUCUAUCGGUCUGUCAGAGCACCAAUGCUGUCAGGGACGCAAGUUUGUUAGCUGCACGUCCUGAGGCUGUAAAUGUAAAGAACAGUGGAAAAUGGAUGCAAUGGGAAAGGACAUGACGUCAUCAGAUGCUGGCGGCAAAACUGAGACAAAGUCAGAGCGGGACUCUGAGAAAGGAAGCUGUUGUUUGCUGGCCGACAGAGUCCCGGCUCGGUACGUCUUGGCCGUCCUGUUUUUCUUUGGCCACAUCGCAAUGAUGACCUUCAGGAGUGGAUUCUCAAUAGCCAUCGUUGUCAUGGUGAACAGUUCCUCACCUGUCAAUCAAACUAACACCUACCUGCUCUGUCCGAGCAGUGGGUCAGGAAAUACAUCCGCACAGAACAAUCAAGGGGAACUGGACUGGAGUGAGAGCAUAAAGGGAGUUCUACUUGGUGCCUACUUCUACGGCUACAUCGUCACACAGGUCUUAGGUGGCUUGUUAGAGCAGAAGUUUGGCGGCAAGAUUGUGUACGGCACCAGCAUGUUGGUUACAGCGGCUCUGAACGCUCUCGGUCCCGUGGCCUCUCGGACGAGUCCUUGGGCGAUGUUUGCCGUCAGGUUCUCUAUGGGACUGGUGUCGGGAGUGUUGUUCCCCACAUUAUACGGAGUCUGGAGCCGAUGGGCACCUCUUACCGAAAGGACCAGCCUUCUGGCAAUCUGUUACAUAGGGAUACCUCUCGGUAACAUCAUCAACUACCCACUGGCGUCCUACCUAGCUGACGAGUUGGGCUGGGAGUAUAUCUUCUAUGUUCCUGGAGGUCUUGUAGCAGCAUGGUUCGUGGCAUGGCUUCUCCUGGCUUACGACUCGCCUGCGAAACAUCCACGGAUCCUGGAGGAAGAACAGAAGUACAUAGAAGAUAGCACCGGAAUGAGGGAACGACAGACACCAGCAGUUCCUUGGCUGAAAGUUCUCACAUCGCCUUCCGUUUGGGCACUCAUCAUUGGACAGUUCAGUUCGAACUGGGGAAUCUACUUUCUGACUACCCAACUGCCGAACUACAUGCAAAAUGUGUUGGGAUUCAACAUCAGAACGAACGGCUUGCUGUCUGCUCUUCCGUUCGUCCUUUCCAUGGUCACCAUGUUGACGUCUAGCGUUGCAGCUGACCGCCUGAUUCAAGGCGGGAAAAUCCCCAAGGUGUGGAUAAGAAGGGGAUUCGUUAUCAUAGGAUUUUCCGGCACGGUGAUCUGCGGAGUGAUCCUGGCGAACCUGACUGGAUGUAACCCGGCCGUCGCUGUCUCCCUGCUGUGUAUAACAGAGGGUUUCAACGGGAUGACGGUGGCGGGAUUUCGCGCCGUCCAUGUUGAAUUCGCGCCCAGGUUCAGCGGAGUGACCUUCGCUCUGGCCAACGUUGCGGCUACAGUUGCUGGUAUCUUCGCUCCGCUGUUGGUCGGAUUCAUCACCGAUAAUGAUCCAACCCCUGCUGCCUGGUCCACAAUCUUCUACAUAGGAGUGGCCAUUCAGGGUGUGGGAGGGAUUUUCACUGCGGUGUUCAUGCGCACUGACGUCCAGCCAUGGGCUCGGGUUGUGGGUGAAGGAGAACCCAGCACCGAUAAUAAGAAUACCGAGCUGGCCGGCUCGACGGACCUCAUCAUCGCCAAUGAACAUGUCGAGACGCCGGCGAAGGUUGUGGAGAUGCCUAACACGAAAUUAUGAGUACACUUAACCGUGAUUCUGCCAAAUGUGGGACAAUCCCAUUCACGAGGUUGUGAAUAAAAUCACUGCAGGCAAUGGAAGGAGACACCAGCCCUCUUAAGUCCGCUAAAGCCUGCAAUACGAUUUGGCAGAGAACUUGUUGUACUCUGCCAUACUCAAAAUUGUGAGACCAGUGUCAUUAUUUUAGAACUACAGGCGGACUUGUGCUGUUGGAUGUAUACGUAGAUAGUCUUUGUUGUGUUUUUACUCUCUCGGCACCUUUUUGAUCAUUUGUUUGCGCAUUCAUCAAGGUGAAGAAAGAUGUUCAAGAGUUUGGAAUUUUCAAUGUUAUUUGUGAACAAAAAGUUGAUGAUAGAUGAGGUGUAAAUAGUCAUACUUUUUGACUCAAAAUUGAUACACAAUUAUGUAAACACAACAGCUCUCCAAUCUGUCACCCGAACAUAAAAUGGAAACGUAAGGGGACCAAACUUACACCACAAUUUACUGACAUCAAAAUCUGUAUGCCACGAGAAAAUCAAGAUCAUAUGAUAUCCAGAACAAAACAACAGUUCUGCUGAAGUUCCAAGGAUAGCGGCUAGGAAUCCCAUAACGGACGUUGACCUUUGCUUCCCUAAACUUGCACACCAAAUAUCACAAUCCAUUCGUCAAUUGUUAUACCCAUAAGUGUCCAGAAAGGGGUGGCGUUUUUCCGUGCACUCUUAAACAUCUCCCGGUGUGUCCUGUGCACCUGCAUUACACCACAACGCCCAUUACCGUAUUUGGCAAGAUAGAAGUUUGUCCAA